UCACACCGUCAUUUGACCCGGAAACGGUAGUGUCUACAACCAACGUCAAUGGUGACCUAAGAUGGCGGAGUCGCAGUUAGAGCUGGAUAUCUUGGUCCAAAGAGUAGUUAAAGAUAUUAGUAAUGCAUUUAAUAGGAACCCUAACAUUGAUGAGAUUGGUGUGAUUCCAUGUCCAGAGGGACGUUACAACCGCAGCCCCAUCGUGGUGGUGGAGAACAAGCUGGGAGUAGAGAGCUGGUGUGUCAAGUUUCUGCUGCCAUAUGUACACCACAAGGUGUUACUCUACCGCCAACGGAAACAUUGGCUCGAUAAGGAAGCUUUAGUGGAUAUCACGUCCACCCUCUUGCUGCUUAAUCCUGAUGUCACCACUGCAUGGAAUGUCAGGAAGGAGUUGAUUCAGUCUGGAGUACUUAAAGCAGAAAAGGACCUCUACCUAGGCAAGCUGGCACUCACUAAAUUCCCCAAGAGCCCAGAGACGUGGAUACAUCGACGCUGGGUGCUGCAACAAAUCCUGAGACGGCUCUCAGCUGUGGAUUGUGAAGGAAAGCUGCAACAGGGUGAAGCAGAGAGGGCAGCUGUAGGAAGGAGUCAGCAGUUCCGUUACCACCUUGCUCAAUUGCUCCACAAAGAACUAAAUGUCUGCUCUGAUGCUGCAUGCAAUUAUCCCAGCAACUACAAUGCAUGGUCCCACCGCAUCUGGGUGCUUCAACACAUGGCCAAAGGCAAUGUCAAGGUUUUCCAUGAUGAGCUGUCCACAACGCGUCAGUGGGUGUCAAUGCAUGUGUCUGACCAUAGUGGCUUUCACUACCGCCAAUUCCUGCUUCGGGAGCUAAUUGAGGAGUUUUCUCUGACACCAGCUCCCAGCAAAAACUGCUCACCCCUUCAUCAGUCCGUGCCCAGAACCUGCUUCUUACCUUCCAUCAGUGUCCUGGCUAAUGAAGAGCAAUCAGGAAUAGAGACAAUAGAUGAAGAUGAGAGGGAGCUUGACUUAACCAAACUGUUUGAGCUCUUCCACCAGGAAAUGGAAUUAUGCUCAGACUUGAUCCGGUCUUUCCCUGGACAUGAGACCCUGUGGAGUCACAGGCGGCAUGUCUUCUAUUUGUGGCACCAGUGGAGGUGGGAACACCAGCUCUACUUCAACUGUAAUGAAAGCACUGUCCUCUGUAACAUUGGUGACACGGACCAACUGAAGCAAGGUGGUCAUGGGUCUGGUGAUUGGGGAGCUGGUACUAUGGAAGUAGAUGGCAUAUCCUCUCCUGAUUCUCGCGACAGCAAGCGUCUCAAGAAGGGUUUCGGUCUGUCAAACCCCCCCAGCCUGUCCUCAGAGUGCACAUUUCUGAGCACUAUUCUGGACAGGCAAUGUAAUCCUGAGCAAAGACACUUUGGACUGGCAUACAAAAAGUGGUUAGAAUCUGUCAUUGGUAAGGAGCUUUGAGGAGGAAAAAACGAUUGCUGAACACAUUAUUUUAAAACGUACGAUUAAAUUUAGCCAUGACAAAAUUUUAUUAGUUUGAUGCUGUGCUGCUAUAAGGAACCGAUUGACAAAUUUUCUGUCAGAUUGCUGUUUCUUGUGUGUGCGUGCUUGCAUGGGUGAUAUCAUUCCGUAUCAUCAAUUUUAAGCAUUUCUCAGUAUAUCGUGUUUCGUUCCCUUCCUUUCUCCUUUUAUUUCAGGGUUUUUAAUGCAACAUGUAAAACACGCUUAACUAAACAUAUAUUAACAUUUUAUGUUUGAUUCAUUCUCUUUGACAUUUAACUUCUGACCAUACAACAUUUAAUCUGUGUUACCCUAUAACAUUUAAUUAUCAGUUUAGACUGUGGAGUUUUUGUGCCGGUGUUAGUGCAGAAGUGUUCACGUUUUCCAUGCCUUGCUCAGUACCACAGCUAUGAGGUGGAAGGUUGGUCCAAGGUUGGGUCAGUGGUCCAAUGCCACAUCCUCUCUAAAGCGAACAUUUUUUAUGGCCAUGUACUCGUUGCCCCUCCCCACCAUCGCUAAUGUGUUGUGUGUAUCAGUUUGUCGCAAAAAUCACUGCUCUCAUAGCUUGCAAAAAUAAUGUAGUUUUAUCGUAGGAUAUUACAGGGUGCUAGCUUGUCAUCAGAAAUACUGUACUAAAUAAACUCAUAGCCAUAGAAUGUUAUGACUAUUUGACCUGUUUAGAUGCUCUAUGAUUGAUCAAGAGUCCCCUUCCCCUUUUCUGGUGCUACAAACGACCAUUACUACACUUGCUGUUUGAGGUGUGAACUGGGCAACACAUGAUUUUAAUGACACUUAGAAAAAACUUUUUUUAGAGAUACUGCAUUUGGACAACAGUGUUGCUCUAUUUGUGUGAGAAUUUGAAUGUCCUUUUUUCAAAUUAGGGGGGAGGAGAAAUUGUCACAUUUGUAAGGUGUACUUUCAUUCCAAUAACAACUGGACUCAGAACUCCAGAUCACGUGUAACCCCACCAAGCCAUGACUUCCACAUCCAGCAUGUUCACAUCCAAGAUCAUCUGAGACCAGCCAGACGGACAACUGCUGCAACAAUCGGUUUACAAAACAAAAGAAUUUAUGCACAAACUGUCAGACGCCAUCUCAGGGAACUCAUCUGCACCCUAGUCAUCCUCAUCUCAAAGUGACUGCAGUUUGUCAAUGUUCAGGACUUUAGUGGACAAAUGCUCACAUUUGAUGGCAUCUGGCACAUAUGAGACAGUGUGUAGCGUCAUGCGGGUGAGCAGUUUGCUAUUGCUAAGGUUGUGGAUCAAGUGGCUCAUCGUGCCAGUGAGUUUAUGGUCAGGUGUAUGUUAUUGGCAUUGAACAUGAAUGGCAUUUUUAAUGCAGAGAUAUGGUGGUGAGAUCCUGAGCAUUAUUGUGGCAUUCAUCCACAACUAUCAUCUCAUUUUACAGCAUGAAAAUGCACAUCCCGGUUCUUGCAUGGCCAGCAUACUCACCGGACAUGUCACCUGUCAGUGUAUACAUCAGCGUGCUCCUGUUCUUUCCAAUAUGUAGCAACUUCACACAGCCAUUGAAGAGGAGUCAACCAACAUCCCAUAAGCCACAAUCAACAACCUGACCAACUCCAUGUGUAGGACGUAUUGCACUACUUGAGGCAAAAUGGGGUCACACCAGAUACAGACCCACACAAUAACGCAAAACUGCACAUUUCAGAGUGGCCUUUUAUUGUGGCCAGCCUAAGGCACAUGUGUGCAAAUAAGCAUGGUUUCUAACUAGCAUCUUGAUAUGGCACACAUGUAAUUUGACGAAGGCCUACUCAGGCAGAUUUUGACAGAUUUGUGAACAAUAUUUAAGCGAAGGGGUCUUCUGCGUAUUUACGGUAGUCAAAGUUUUCGAUCAUUGAGUCCUCACGAAAAACGGGAGUAAAAACAAAAGUGUUGCGUCUCUAUUUUCGUUUGGUUUAUAAAUAUGGCUGCUGUCUGGUGGAAUUAGCGUACCGUAAAUGACAUUAUUCUAAUUACUCCAGUUAUCCAAGUACCUGUGACGUGAUCAAAACAUCACUGUGAUUUGAGCCAUUCACAUGUUUCACGGUGCAUACAAGUCUGUGUGUACUCGAUCCAUGACUCCCUUUCUACGGAGCUACACAAGACUUUUUUUCACUGUUCAGCAACAGUAAUGACACCUUCACGAGUGGAUGUUCAUCACAAAGUCAUAUUGCCAACACUCGGUUCCCUUUGGAACACCUCUGUUCAUUUCUGGGUUUAUUUUUCCCUUUUCAUGUUUAUGACGUCACAGAAAGCUUGAGCAUAAAAUGAGGACUGUAUACGCUGAAGCACUGCAGCAAACUGCAAACGACGUGCCUACCUGGCGGUCAUAUGUCACAGAGGUUAGUUAACUUUACUUUUAAGACUAUAAGAGUGAACUCAAAGCUCAUUAAAGGCGUCAUAAUCCCCACGGGCAGUGAGGGCGUGAAGAAUUGUGUGGUUGCACUCCAGAGUGGCAGAUUUAACAGCAGCACAAGAAAAAACGACCUCAAAGAAAACUCAUGUGAUCAGAGACGAGACUUUUGACACCAGCAAGACUAUAAGUAUGAACUAGGUCGAAAGUAUGUCCUUGUCCACGUGUUGUGCUGCUCACAUAUUGCAAAAUUAAAGGUGAAUAUGGUGAUCCCUCGCUAUUUUGCGGUUCGUUUAUCACGGAUUCUGUGAAUCGCGGAUUUUUUCAAACAUUCAUAAAAAAAUAUUUUAUUUUAUUUUUCGGGGGGGGGGGGGGGUGUCCGCAAAAAUCUGUGUCGAAAGGGGUGUUCACACGGCAAGAUUUGGGAUUUGGUCCGGUGCUACCAAAUUAGCUCCGGCGUAGCCCCGGAAAACAGCUUACACUGGACCAAAAUUGAUCCACCUCAAGGAGAUGGUUUGAAAAUUUGCUCCAGAGCAAAUGCUCGUUUGCAAAGCAGCACCAAUAUAAAUUUGCACGUGUGAACGCAACUGGGUUAAAUUUGCUCCAGACCAAAUGCUUGUGAAGAGUUUACGUACGGCGAGAAGGCGUUUCUUUCGUGCUCUGUCGGACUUCCGUCAUGUGUUUGUUUAAUAACGACACAAGACUUUGAUGGUAACAUCUUUCCUUUUGUAGGAGACUGGACUGUCUCGGAGUGUUUUGUGUAGUUUGUUCCUUUGUUGUGUGUUCACAACCCCCCGCCCCCAUAUAAUUUAUUUUGUGAUUUCUUCUCUUGAUUUUCUGUUUGGUGCAUUACAUGUCUUCUUUUCUGAGUAUCAUUGAAGUCGUCGUUGAUUUACGUUUUCGGGGGCGGUCACUCUCGAGCAGAAGGCACGGAGACCGAGAAGGAGAAGGACGUGUCUGUGCAGUCGUCGCUUGAAUUGUGUAUACGUUUUAAAAAGAACCAACACGACAGCUCAUUUGUUUUCUGUCGUUUUGCUCCGCUGCAGAAACUGCUGUGUAAACGCAAGUGGGGCUGCACCGACGCUUUGCCGGUGCUGUCAUGCUCAGCGGCAUUGUACGUGUGAACGCUCCACAUAAUUUGCUGUGGUGCAAAAUAUAUCGGAACAAAAUACAUCGGUGCAGCGCCGGAGCAAAUGUGUGCCGUGUGAACACCCCUUAAGUGUUGUUUACUAUGCGUGCUAUUGUGUGGCACUCUGCUCAAGCGGAAGGUCUACGUGAGGCACGUGUGUGUGUGUGUGUGUGUGUGUGUGUGUGUGUGUGUGUGUGUGUGUGUGUGUGUGUGUGUGUGUGUGUGUGUGUGUGUGUGUGUGUGUGUGUGUGUGUGUGUGUGUGUGUGUGUGUGUGUGUGUGUGUGUGUGUGUGUGUGUGUGUGUGUGUGUGUGUGUGUGUGUGUGUGUGUGUGUGUGUGUGUGUGUGUGUGUGUGUGUGUGUGUGUGUGUGUGUGUGUGUGUGUGUGUGUGUGUGUGUGUGUGUGUGUGUGUGUGUGUGUGUGUGUGUGUGUGUGUGUGUGUGUGUGUGCGUGUUUUGUGUGUGUGCAGGUGAGUGUUUGUGUGUUGCUGAGAGAAAGCGAGAGAGAGAGAGAGAGAGAGACAAGCAGGUCUCUCCAUUCUUAAUUGUCUAAAUAACCUUAAUUGACUAAUCAUAAUCACUGCUGCAGCUCGAGGGAUCGCUGGCCUGUGUGUGUGUGUGUUAGUGCGCUCUGCUCAAGCGCAAAGGCCCACGUGGGGCAAUUAUUUUUUUUCAUACAUAUGUUAAUUGAUCGCUACUUCGCAGAUUUUCGUUUAUCGCGGGUGAUUUUGGUCCGCAUUAACCGAGCCUAGGGACAGCAUGGCCAACUUCAAAGAAAGUUGCUUCAAAGCUGGUCAUUGAUGUGGCGAAAAUAUUAAUUAAUAUUACAUUUAAUUUUUGAAUUACCAUAUUUUCCGCACAAAAAGACACACUUGGAUUAUGAGGUGCACCUUCAAUGAAUGGCUAUUUUGUAUUUUUUUCAGACAUUAGACGCCUCGCACUAAAAGGCGCAAUCUAUAAUGCGUCCACUAGAUGGUGCUACGCUCCUUUCAUUCAACUCGAAAAGUGUCCAUUCAACUUGAGAGGCGUUAUGGCGUUAUGAAAAAUGUAAAUUAACUAUUACUGUACAUUGAACACUCUAAAUUGUCCCUAGGUGUGAGUGUGAGCGUGGAUGGUUGUUCGUCUCUGUGUGCCCUGCGAUUGGCUGGCAACCGAUUCAGGGUGUCCCCCGCCUACUGCCCGGAGACAGCUGGGAUAGGCUCCAGCACCCCCCGCGACCCUAGUGAGGAUCAAGCGGUACGGAAGAUGAUGAAUGAAUGAAUGUACUUUAAUGAAACUACGAAAAUUGAAAAUAAUGAGUCCAAUCAGAAAAUCAAGCGAGGAAAUCACAAAAUAAAUUCUAUAUCCCCCCUACAGAAUUUUUGUCCUCCCUUGAUUUUCUUCGUGGUUUCAUUAAAGUAAGAAUUAAUUUACGUUUUUUGUAGGCGGCCAUGAACGCCUCUCGAGUGGAACAGUAGAAAGCACAGAGACAGACAAAGACGUACAGUACCUGUACUUGCUGAGACUGUGAAAACCAUUAAUAAAGUCUGCGUUUAAAA